AAUGCCACUCUAGUGAGGAACGGUGCCUGGUAGAGAGACACGGUUACUUUUCACUUUCAAAAGCUUCAGAUGGUGGGAGUGCUGGACAAAGCCAGAUGUUGCAGAUGAUGAGAUGGCGGCUGUGUUCAUGUCCCUCUUUCUUCUUAACCUCUUAGCCUCAGGAAGCUCAACCAGAGAUCCCCAACGGCCCAGAAAUGCUACUUUGCACCGUCUGACCAGGCACCUGUUGCUGAAUUACAACAAAGGAGUGAGACCUGUCAGGAACUGGUCAAAGGCCACGACCGUUUACCUUGAUCUCUUUGUCCAUGCAGUGCUGGAUGUGGAUACACAGAAUCAAAAGCUAACAACAAGCAUUUGGUUUCGGCAGACCUGGAAGGAUGAAUAUCUUACCUGGAAUUCCAGCCUCUAUGACGGUAUCAGGGAGAUUUCCCUGCCACUCAGCACCAUCUGGUCUCCGGAUAUCAUCAUCAAUGAAUUGGUGGAUGUCAACAGGUCUCCCGAUCUCCCCUACGUUUACCUGAAUGCUGCUGGGUUGAUCAAGAACCACAAGCCCGUGCAGGUGGUGUCCGCGUGCCAUUUGGAGACGUACGCCUUUCCCUUCGACGCCCAGAACUGCAGCCUGACCUUCAGCAGUAUCCUGCACACAGUGGAGGACGUGGACCUCGCCUUCUGGAGAAGCCGCGAGGACAUUCAGAACGACCAGACCCUGUUCCUGGAGGACGGCGAGUGGGAGCUGCUGUCAGUGCCCUCACAUCCCUGGGUCCUGCACACGGAGAUGGGACGUUUCGCCCAGAUUCAGUUUAAUGUUGUUAUCCGAAGGCGACCCCUGCUCUAUGUGGUCAGUUUGCUGAUCCCCAGCCUGUUCCUGAUGCUCAUUGACCUGGCCAGCUUCUUCCUGCCACCCAACUGCGGCACCAGGAUAACCUUCAAGACCAGCGUGCUGGUUGGCUAUACGGUCUUCAAAGUCAACAUGUCAGACCAGCUGCCGGUCACCGCAGCCAGCACUCCCCUGAUUGGCGUGUUCUUCACAGUCUGCAUGGCCCUCUUGGUUCUCAGCCUGUCCAAGUCCAUCCUGCUGGUAAAGUUCCUUCAUCUGGGGGAAGACCCUGUGCGGGAAAAGCUCUUCUCCAGAUGCAGGGUGGGCAGUGCCGUAGACGGAGGCAUCCCUGGAGAGAGCGCCCAGGCUCCCAGGCUGCAAGCCACGGGCGACAGUGCAGGCUGCUCGUGGCCUGGGGAAAAGGCGGAAGGGACCGGAGAGGAGCCUCGGAAGGCGAUGAUGUCCCAGAAGGCCACAAUGGAGAAGAUCCUGGCAGAGCUCCUCUGGAUUGGCUCCCAGCUCCGUGCACUGGAAGGGGCCAGCCAGCUGGAAGUCCAGUGGCUCAGGCUGUGCUACCGGCUGGACAGACUGCUGUUCUGGGUGUACGUCCUGACCCUGGGGGUGUAUGCCGUCACACUCUGCUCCCUGUGGGUGGUCUGGAGUUCCCAGUGAUGGCACCGGGGCUAACACCAGGGAUGCAGGUACAAUCAAUGC